AUUUUGGAGAAUCUGAUCGUCCACACCUGCUACUAAUCAAGCAAAUAGAACCUGUUUUUGCUGAUUGUUGGCAGUGCAGGCUGAAUCUAACGACGUCGACGUGCAGAAGAAACAGAGACAUGUUUUGUUGUCUAAAUAAACUACCAGUCCCACUGCAGGUCUGCAUGGGAAUGUGCCUUCACCAGGAUGUCACAGAGGAGGGUAAAAAGGCCAAACUGCAAAGCUCUAAAAUAGAGCAAGAUCUGUGUGAACAAGCCAGGAAUGAAAUUAAUGUAGUGAAAAUCCUUCUGCUUGGAGCUGCAGAGAGCGGGAAGAGUACCCUGAUCAAACAGAUGAAGAUCAUCCACAGUCAUGGCUUCUCCACACACGACCUCAUCAGUUUCAAGCCUGCAGUACUAGACAACCUGUUGACUUCAAUGAAGUUUGUCCUGAGAGGAAUGGGAAUACUGAGGAUUAAUCUUGCCAACAAGAGCAAUAAGAAACAUGCUCGCUCUGUCCUGUCCUGCAGUCAGUGUUUGGGAGACGACCAGGAGCUGCUUCCUUUCGUGGCUCACGCUUUCUGCGCGCUUUGGUCCGACCAAGGUGUGCGAGCAGCUGCAUCCAGAGGUUAUGAGUUUGAGCUUAACGACUCAGCACUCUAUUUCUUCGAGAACAUGAACCGAAUCAUCACUCCCAAAUACAUUCCCACUGAGACGGAUGUUCUCAGAGUGAGGGUGAGGACCUGUGGAAUUGUUGAGACGCAGUUUCAACUUAAUGAAAUGAUCUUUCGGUUGUAUGACGUUGGGGGACAGCGGAGUGAGAGGAGGAAGUGGCUGAGCUAUUUUGAUUGUACUCAGGCUGUAUUGUUUGUCGUGGCCCUCAGCAGCUAUGAUAUGAUGCUGGUGGAGGACCCCUCAGGGAAUCGGCUGGAGGAAAGUCAUGAACUUUUUCAAUCCAUCUGCACCAACAUAGCCUUUAGAAGUGCAUCACUGAUUCUGAUAAUGAACAAAACUGACCUCUUCCGGGAGAAGAUCCUAAACUCAGGAAGACACUUGAGAUUUUACCUUUCAAAUUAUAAAGGAGCAGAUGGUGACGUGGAUUCUGCUGCUCACCACAUCACGGCCAUGUUCUCAUCUUGUAUCAGCAGCCCUGACAAACCUGUGUACCACCACUUUACCACCGCCACAGACACCACCAGCAUACAAGUGGUCUUCCACAUGGUCAUAGAGCAAAUCAUCAAGGAGAACCUCGAGGCCGUUGAGCUUCUUUAGAAGUCUCCUCAAGGCUUUAAGUUUUUAAAUGUUAUCAGAAUUAUGUUUGUUUACCAUUCAACCUAUUUGUUUUUACACCGUGAAAAUAUUAAAGGAACUACACUUUCUCCAAUUUAUUUUAAAAGAUUUUAAAUAAAAUAUUUAUUUGCCUUGUC